CCUGCAGGAGAUUCAACGAUUUGGACGACUUGCUCCACUCUGGGCUUGUAGCCAUACACACGUAAGUGCCUCGCACAUAUAUACCCCUCCAGUUAUGUGUCGGCAUUAUAGGUUUGAUCAACUCCUGGAUGAACCUAGCAGGCGGGCGAACGAUGGAGGAUGUGCCCGGUUCCGCACCCGUGAUCGAUACGUCUUAUCGCGGAGGAGAACUGCAACAGUGCUAGCCUUAAGCUCGCCAAUAUCGACCUCCCUGGCCUCGACGCGCAAUGCUGAAAAAGAAGAAGUUGGACCCGAGGUAGCGAUCUGCACGUGUGCAGACAGGCAGUUGCGUCCAAAGCAUGUUGGCGAGCUAACGAUCAACCACUCGAACUUUGACAAGCUUUUAGCCUGCAGCAUCUGCUGAUUCUUGCGCAUAUCACGACGCUGUCAAAACCUUCGAGAAAGCUUCGCUGAAAUCCCUGGACCUUGCAUCUCGCAGCAAUACGAAGGAUUGGGUCCCGAGGCUUGGUUGGCUGGGAGAGCGGCUAGCGGACGCUAAUUUUACCGGUUGCGAUGGCUCGGCAUUUUCUUUUCGAAUACCACCAACUAACUCUC